AUGGAAGCGAGACAGCUAGCCGGUCUCAACAUGGACCCUGUCGUCUGCGUGCAAGUCGGAGAGCAGAAGAAAUACACGAGCGUAAAGGAGUCGACAAACUGCCCUUACUGGAAUGAGAAGCCCAAAGUCGGGCCCCUGCUUGGACAUCUAUUACAGAUGAAUCUCCCGACCACGCGAUGUUCCUCCGAUUCAGAUCCAAGCUGCCGUGUUUAUGAUCAUCAGUUCUAUCACAAAUGGGCGCUGCUGACCGACCCUCACGACAUCUCCAGCGGACCGAAGGGCUACCUGAAGUGCGACAUCUCCGUCAUCGGCAAGGGAGACGCCGUCAAGGCGAAGACGUCGAUCAAGAAGCACUGCUACCAGCCGGUGUGGCACGAGCAGGUGAUCUUCACGGAGAUGUUUCCGCCGCUGUGUCGCCGCAUCAAGCUGCAGCUGAGGGACGGUGACGGCAUCAACGAUACCGUCAUCGGCACACACUUCCUCGAUCUCGCCAAGAUCUCCAACGAGGGCGAUAAAGGUAACGCCGGUAACUGCCUGGAUGGCUACAACAAGCCGGCGUCUAGAGGCGGGGACUCUGAUGACGAGGAUGCAGAGAGCCACAUGAGGUAUUGCUCGCUGAGUAACAGCAACAGCACAGGCGGCUCCGGAAAGACAAAGCUGGACAAGGAGAGACAGCGGCUGUGCCAGAGAGAAAUCGAACACGUCGGCGUCAUGGCGAGAACGAUGAAGGCGCUGACGACGAAAACCAACCUGCGGGAGAAGCUGAAGGCAACGACGGGGUUGCUGCAGAAGCUGAAGCAUCUAGCGGAAGAGCUUCCUGGUAAGAAGGGAGUCGGACCGACCGGCUGGUCAAUGCAGGGAAAGCUGACCCUCUACCUGUGGCUCGGACUCGCCAAGAACAAGAAGGAAUACCUCGCAGGGUUACCGAAGGGUUACGAGGACACGAUGGAGUUGAAAAACUCGAUGAGACCGACGGGUAUCCCACCGAUUCUCAUCUCAUAUCCCGAGAAGGUGACCUUCCAGCUGCGCGCGCACAUGUACCAAGGUCGCAGCCUGAUAGGUAGCGACGCGUCCGGUCUCUCCGAUCCGUUCUGUCGCGUCGUGUUCACGACCAAGUCACACAGCACGCAGGUCAUAGAUGAGACACUGAGCCCGACCUGGGAUGAGAUGCUCGUGUUCGAUGACGUAGUCAUACACGGAUCACGUGACGAGAUCAAAGCCGACCCGCUGACGGUGGUUAUCGAGAUCUUUGACCAGGACAGAGUGGGCAAGGCGGAGUUCAUAGGACGGGCGCUCGCCAAGCCUCACGUUAAGAUGUCAGAGGAACCCUACGUGCGCCCCAACUUUCCGCCCUCUCUCGACUGGUACGACAUCUAUCGGGGAUCAGAGAGAGCUGGUGAAUUGCUCGCAGCAUUCGAACUACUGCAGCUUGGCGGAGAGAAGGAGAGCGGAGUGCCGGACGUGCCCGCUCCCGUCGCUGAUGAGUCAUCGGACAGAGGUCCCAUCAUCCCCGUACCGAAGGGCAUCCGACCUGUGCUGAGCAAGCAUCGCAUAGAGAUAUUGUUCUGGGGUCUGCGUGAUCUGAAGCGUGUACAGUUCAUGUCCGUGGAGAGCCCGCGCGUCGACAUAGAGUGUGCGGGGCACGUGCUGCAAUCGGCUCUCAUCAGCGACCUGAAGAAGAAUCCGAAUUUCCCCGUGCCUGUCAAGUACAUGGAUGUCGACCUUCCGGACAACGAGCUCUACUGUCCACCGCUGACCAUCCGCGUCGUCGACUGCCGUAGCUUCGGCCGCUACAUUCUGGUCGGCACGCACGUCAUCAACUCGAUGCACAAGUUUAUGUACAUACCGACGACGAAGACGACCAAACAGGCGAUCAAGAAGAUGUUCGGUAAAGAUGUCGACCAGCAGCAAACGCUGUCGACGCCAGCAGACGGCUUCGCCAUCACCAUUGACAACGAAGACAAAGCGCCGCUGUUGCCACGGCCACGGCCAGGCGAUGACAGCGCCAUCGUCACGAUCAACACAGCUAUGCACAUCGCGCGCAUCGCUACCUCUCUGCAGCCGGAUAAUAAAGCGGUGAAACAGGAAGCGAACCUGAAGAGGCGCCGGAAGUCGUCGAUACUCGACGACGACAUGAACACGGAGGCGCUGGACUGGUGGAGCAAGUACUUCGCCUCGCUGGAGGAACUCAUAGAGUGCGGCAAGGCAAGCCCCGAGGAGGCGCCACCGGUCGACCCUCUCGACGUCGACCAAGCGAAGUCGGGCGUAAAGCUGCCGCCAGGCAUACACAGCAGGAGCAAAGAGGAGGAUGAUAAGAACGGCGCCGUCGUGAGGGGAAAGGAAGCCAAGAAGAUGGAGAAGGCGCUGAAGAAAGAAUGGCAGAUGCGACGGUGCGGCGAAACAAAGAAGCACGGAUUCAAGUCGGCGGCGAACGUCAUCCGGCUGGCGAAGAAUCUGUCGCCGAAAGGAUCGCUGAAGGUUUACCGUAUCCCGCUGCCGCCUGACAUCGACGACCACACGAUCAUGGGUGGCGACCCUCAGUACGGCAUGUUCCAAGGUCUGCCCAGCAACGACCCCGUCAAGGUCAUGGUCAGAGUCUACGUUGUCAAGGCGACCGACCUGCACCCUGCCGACAUCAACGGCAAGGCGGACCCGUACAUCGUCAUACAGCUCGGCAGAACUAAGAUAAGCGACAAGGAGAACUACAUCUCCAAGCAACUGAACCCGGUGUUCGGCAAGUGCUUUGACAUUGAGGCGACCUUUCCGAUGGAAAGUUCGCUGACGGUGCAGAUCUACGACUGGGAUCUUGUCGGAUCCGACGACCUCAUCGGUCAGACAACCAUCGACCUUGAGAAUCGCUUCUACAGCCGACAUCGGGCGACGUGCGGCCUCGGCAAGACCUACGAGACGUCCGGCUACAACAUGUGGCGAGACCCGAUGAAGCCAGUACAGAUUCUCGGGAAGCUGUGUAAGGAAGGCAAGCUGGACGGACCUCACUUCCAACGCGACCGCGUGCGCAUCGCUAACCGCAUCUUUACGAUCGAGCAGACGGAGCAGCAGCACGAGGACGAGGAGUUCUCUAAGAAGGAUAUGGAGGAGCACCUUGCUCUCGCUGCCUUGCACCACUGGGAGGAAAUACCGAAAGUCGGCUGCAAGCUCGUACCUGAACACGUCGAGACGCGCGCCCUCUAUAAUCCGGACAAGAUCGGCAUCGAGCAGGGUAAGCUGGAGAUGUGGGUGGAGAUGUUUCCCAUGGACAUGCCUAGUCCUGGACCAGCCGUGGAAAUCGCACCUCGCAAACCCAAGAGCUACGAGUUACGGGUGAUCAUCUGGAACACAGACGAGGUCGUCCUUGAGGACGACGCCUUCUUCAGCGGAGAGAAGAUGAGCGACAUCUACGUGAAGGGGUGGAUCAAAGGUCCCGAGGACACACAGAGCACUGACAUCCACUACCGCUCGCUAACGGGCGAGGGCAACUUCAACUGGCGAUUCGUCUUUCCCUUCGACUACCUGGUCGCCGAGGAGAAGAUCGUUAUCUCACGCAAGGAGUCGCUGUUCUCGUGGGACGAGACGGAGACGAAGGUGCCGGCGCGCAUGCACAUGCAGGUGUGGGACGCCGACCACUUCUCCGCCGACGACUUUCUAGGCGCGUUCACGAUGGAUCUGAAUAGAUUCCCGCGCGGCGCCAAGUCUGCGAAGCUGUGUACGCUGAACAUGCUGAAGACGGACGGUAGUGUACCUAUGAUGUCCAUCUUCAAGCAGAGGCGCGUCAAGGGCUGGUGGCCAUUCUACAUCAAGAAGGAGAACGACGAGUUAGAACUCACCGGGAAGGUGGAGGCAGAGAUGCAUCUGCUCACGGAGGAAGAAGCUGAGAAGAGUCCUGCUGGGCUGGGCAGGAACGAACCCGAACCUCUCGACAAGCCAAAUCGACCCGAUUCCAGUUUCAUCUGGUUCCUUAAUCCUCUCAAGUCCAUCAGAUACAUCCUGUGGCACAACUAUCGUUGGAUGAUCAUAAAGGUGAUACUGGUCCUCUUGCUGGCCGUACUUCUCGGCCUCUUCUUCUACUCCAUGCCCGGAUAUACAGUCAAGAAGAUAAUGGGCGCCUAGGACCGUUGCCAUGGCAACGAUGCAGCCCUCAGCCUCUCAUCGCAAUGUUGCCCCCGGGGAGCAAAAAUGGCGUUGUUACUGUUUCGCGUGCUGUAGGAAUGUCGGAGCAUUUUUUCGCUAGUAACCAAAGUUAUUUCAACGUUAUCUAUAGUAUAUAUAUAAUAUUUUAAAAUAGCUAUUCGGGGGAGAAAAGAAUGAAACUCGGAAGGGGGUCUGUUAAACCCUGGAAUCGCGUAUCAUGUGGAUGUGAGGGUUGUCAUGAAAUACAUUCCCAGGUAUCAUUACGUGCUGAACCGUGGAGUACAUGCACGUAUCAGGGGGACCAUAGCUGUGUGUGGGGGAACCAUAGAUUGCACACACGUAUCAUGGGGGUGUGCAGGACACAGUGGGAUGCACCCACGCAUCAUGCAUGUGACACGGAGGACCAUGUAAUACACUCACCUAUAUCGUCGACAUAUAUAAAUAUAUCUAGACACAAUUUCUUGCUAUAGGUUAGUUGCAUGUUAAGAAGCUGUAGCUAGCACGCUUCGUUAUUCAUAUUUUAGUGUUUCGUUUGCGUAUAGGUGUUUAGUUCGCGGCAUAACAAAAUGGCGGGAUGGCUCUCACGAAACACGUCUGCUAGUGGUAAUCAAAUAACGAAUGACGUAUAGGUAGGCUCGCGCAGCACAAAUAGAAGCUACUACAACUGCAAUCAAAUUACGCAAUAAAUGCACGUAUAAAAAGAUAUUAGCA